AAACCAGCAUUUCCAUUUGCUGAAAAUUACUACCUACUCCUGACCUCCAUUGUGAUUGCCACAAAGCUUUUUCCUUGAAGCCUUAAAGACCCAAAUCUGAACCGAAAACUGACCCACUGCCCACUGUGUUGGGAAAGUUCAUUGGUAAUUUUCUAGGGGAUUGACUGACGCCUGACGCAACAACCCACCGACCCACCGCAAUGGUCAUGAGCAUGAGGCAACCGCAGAGGCCCCCAAAACCCAAAGUCAAGGAAAACAAGAAAUGCGAAGAAAAUGCGCAGAUAGCGAGCGGAAAACCCGUUUGAUCGAAAGGGAAACCACAUCCGAGAUGGCGAGCGAAGACUGUUGACUGGGGGAGAGCCUGGACAACUCGAUUGGAUGAGGCUAUUAUGUCAUCGCCAUUGCGGAAAGCACUAGGAUGGACUUUGUUUUGAUGAUAAACUUCGCGUUGUUCCGGUUUUUGUAAGCGCGAAAGUCGGCCGAAAGUGGAGCUGUGACUGCAGACUGGGGACUGGAGACUGGAGCCUGGCAUCGAUUUUUUGGCAUCCAAAAUUGAAGCUUAAACAUGAGUGCAGCUCGGGGAGACUGCCCAUUUGAACGCUGACAACGAAGCUCAACGGACACGCAGGCAGACUCUCCUUCUGCAGGAUGGGAUUCAGAUUGAUACUCUUGGCUGCCACGGGCCUCGGGGCCAUGUACAUGAUGCAUCUGCUGGCACAGGACUGGAACAGGAUACGCCCCAUCCAAGGCAUCACCAUGCUGGCGGGCCAGGUUAGCUCUGGCCUCAAUCUCAACAGACUGCCAGCUCUGGCGGGACAGGCAAGUGCGGCUCUGACUCGGAUACGUGGCAGAAGAGAGGCGCCCUCGUACCACAGACAGCGACAUGAGCCGGGCUGGGGUCGAGGCACUCCCGAUUCGGGCAGGGGUCCAUAUCGCGCACCUCCGCCUGCCAUCGACUGGAAACGCAUUCUCUCGCGCGAUCCCUUCGAGUGCCUUCAGUCGCUGAUUUGCCAGCUGAUGUCCGGUGCCGAGGCAGCUGCGCCCGAGGCCGAGAUCCUCAUGGACUACCUCGAGUCAUCGCUGGAACUGGCACCGGCCAAGAUCGGACGCGCCUUCAGUCGUGGACUGGCGCUGCGUGGCCACACGGAUCGCUGCUACGAUGAAUAUCCUUUCUGCUUGUACUCCGCGAAGACAAUGUUGCGCAUUCUGCGCUGGUUCGGCGAAACGGGGGAAGUUCCACAGGAUGUGGACGAGGGACAGAAGGCAGAGGAUUAAGACUAAGAUUUUUCGUUUAAAUAAAGUUUAAGAGAUAGGAAAUAUCGAAUAUAGAAUUCGUUUUGAAAGAGUUUUCCCCAGGAAGUUGUCAGUGCCAUUUCGAAAUCCCAUAAAUUCUCAUCCAUUCUCUUUGGCAGAAUUCACUUGUGCAACACGACUUAAACCCA